AUGCAUAUUUUACGGCGAAAUCAACAGACAGCCUCUUCAGGGCUUGUACGAACGCGGUUGGCCUAUCAAAAUUCACAGAGCUCUCUUUGGAGCCUAGAAGAUCUGACAGGUGCACCGUCUGAUACCGCAAAUCAGCCAACUGCUGCUCAACUGGAGGCCAGGCUCCGGCGCAUAGUUCGCAGACGGGAAUCCGCUAAGCACAAAGCAGAAAUGGAAAAGAUGCAGACUGUUGAAAAAUUAUUAAGAGUACCCUCUUCGGACAGCGAAGAUUCUGAGCAGUUUCCUGACUCAAAUACCGUCGCUGUUGCUCCACCCAAGAAUGCCCUCCAUCCCUCCGCCACAUUGGACCCGCCCGCCGGUUACAUUCGCCUGAUCUCCUCGGAGCGCUUCUCUCCAGACACUACAGUGCUGGCGUUGCCUCCCACCAUCGAAAUCUCCCUCGCCUUCCCUCACCUCAUAGCCCCACCAGAACCUGUGCGUAGUUUGUGUUCCCAGUGUUGUCUUCGCCCUCGACGCUAUGCUUGCCCCAAAACUGGUAAACCGCUUUGUAGCCUGGAGUGUUUCAAAGCUCUGCGUGGGCAAUCUGUCGAAGUAAGCUAG